UUAUCUUAUGCCGCCAAAAUUGAAAAAUUGUUCAUUGCACUUUUUCUACUGUUAUUGUUCUUUGUCUUCAUAUAUUUAUUCAAAUAGUUUUAUUGAGAAUAUUUUUUAUAGGUGCUGAUUUCAGAUUAAGGCCUAAGUACUUCACUUUAUCUACAUUCGGGAGAAGCGUCCCAUUGAGGCUUACUGUGGGGCAGUUGCGUCUGCGGGGACCGAAGGGUCUGGAGUGGUAGCAACAAUGGCACUGUCAUGUACAUAAAUAUCAAUCAGGAGCUGCUCUUGCUGCAGCACAGGCAGGUCGGCGGUGUAUAUGGUAUAAAGAAUGGGGCCCAAGUCGCUACCUUGAGAGACGCCCGCUUGAAUGCCCCCAAUCCUGGAUAUCAGGCUCUCACACCUGACGUAAAAGCGACUAUCGUUUGUGUAGAGUUGUAGCCAAACUCGGUCCAAGAUCUGCUUGACGUCCAGAAAACUGCGGAGGUGUACUGUGUAUCUUCGAAGGAGCAGAGAGACAUUGCUCUGGGGUGCAGUGAUGACGUCGAAAACCAAAUUGAUGUUCUGGAAUUAGGUUGCGUCUAGUAAGGAUAAUAUUUCGAUUCAAGACGAGGUCAAGCUUCGGUUUCCAGGUUUCCGAAUCACCAUAAUCUCUGCGCACUUCCAUUGGGUUGAAGAGUAAGAAAGAUUAAAUAUUCUGGUAAACAAAUUGCCAAGUUAUUGAGUAUAUAAAAGUGAAAAAAGAAACCAAACAUGCCUUUUUAAAAUUUUCAACAAAUAUAGUAAAAUAUAAUAAGAUUUAUGUAACCAGACUUUUCAAAGUGACUCUUGUAUGCUUCUUUUAAAACAUAUGAAUGGAUUUGUUGGCACUCUUUGUGAUACACCAAUUAAUUCUGUCCAAUUGCUUAGUGGUACAGGGUCUAGCUAUUGAGGAUGUUCCGUACCUCGCUUGGGUGGCUACACAGAAGGAGCACAAGGAACACUUUGGACAUGGGAAAGUGUGUGCCGGUACGGUAAUAUCGGAGAGAGUGAUCCUAUCAGCUGCACAAUGCUAUUAUAUAUCAACGUCACAUCCUGCGCGUUAUAUGGAUGCCAAAUUUUACAUUGCUGUUACUGGUGAAAAUCAUUUUGGUAGCCUCGACAGAUUAACCCAUGAAUUUCCGAUACUACAAAUUGUAGGACACUCCGAUUUCAAUGAGCAAACGAUGGACAACGAUGUUGCUGUGCUGUUUAUUAAUGGCUACAUACCACGGGUUUGGAGAAAUGUGAAACCAGUGCCUUUGGCCGAAAGUCCCCCAGAAAUAGGUGAAAAGUGUUUUCUAAGUGGAUGGGCAGAUAGCGGGGAUAUACAUCAGGCAGAAUUAUCUAUUAUGGAUUUGGAAACUUGCAGAGAUACAUUUCCUGGGAUUGGAAAUUCCCAAAUGUGUACUGCAUACAAAGAAGUCAGGGGUAUUUGCUUGGUUGAUGCGGGUAAUCCAUUGGUAUGUUCUGAAAAAUUAACGGGAAUAUUGAGCAUGGAGCAUUAUUGCUUUCACACUGCUGGAACCUUUACCAAUAUUUCUAAUCAUAUCGAUUGGAUAAGAAAGGCUAAUUCCACUUUCGAUUACUCGUUAGAUAUAGAAACACUGUAUUUAUCUUCUGCAAUAAGAAAAUAUCAACCGCUUGCCUUGUUUUCAGCAUUGCUGAUUCUUAAAAUUUGUAGACUUGUAAGUUAAACAGAUAAAUCGUGUUAAUUUCUAUCCUUAAGAAGAUA